AUGUUCUGGCCAUUCGCUUGGGGUCUGACGCUGGCCGCGUAUGCGACACAUACUCCUCUUGUCGUAUACACACAUGGGCUGGGAAAGUCGCUGGUUGCCGCGUUCCUCCUACGCAGCUCGGCAUGCACAGUCAAUGACAUUUUCGACCGGGACAUGGAUGCCGGCGUUGCGCGCACCAAAGGGCGCCCGUUACCCAGCGGCAGAAUCUCUGUUCACGCCGCGUGUUGGUACCUCCUCAUUCAGUACAUAUUGGGCUUUUCUUUCUUUUACUUCACAACCAGCGGCCUGGCUUUCGUCGUUGCCCUCUUCCAGCUGUUUCCGCUGUUCGCGAUCUAUCCCCUGCUGAAACGGGUCACCUACUGGCCGCAGGCUUGGCUCGGGUUCGCCAUGAACUUCGGUCUGGUGACCGCCUGGAUGUGGCUCGUUCCCGCAAUAGACUUCCCGCUCAUUGCUGCGGGGAUGGCCGGGUGUUGGUGUUGGACCAUGCUCUAUGAUACGAUCUAUGCUUGUCAAGACAUCAAAGACGACGUCACCGUCGGUGUGCGUUCCACUGCGAUCCUCUUUGGCGACUGGAUUCGUACUCUUCUCGUCGCAUGCGGGGUCGUUUUGGUGCUCAUGCUCACGCUUGUUGGCGUGCUCAACCACCAAGGCAUCGCGUAUUUCGUUGUUUCCGUCGGCGGCGCCGCCCUCCAUCUCGUUUGGCAGUACGCGACGGUGGAUUUGGACGAUCCGAAGAGCUGUUGGCGUACGUAUCCAUUUCUUGCCGUUCAGAAUAGUGUCAGGACUAAUGCACAUUCAGGCAAUUUCAACCAGCACAGCUAUCUCGGUCUGCUCGUAUGGCUGGGGCUUGUCAUUGAUUACGGGCUUUCGAUUGCAGUCGACCCAUUAUCGGUUCAAGUGUUCAUUUAG